AUGGGUACCGACGUACCAGUACUACCAGCACUCGUUGCAAAGAAACUGGGUGACUGCCAAGAGGCGGACACAGCCUGGGCGGUCAUGACAAGAGCCAAGAAGAGAGCUCAAGAUCAAGCAGAAGCCACUGACCGACGCAACGAAGAAGAGUGUGGAGUACGUCCCAAUGCGGUGUUGACGGAUGACUGUGAAGACACUACUAACCUACCUGAUUUCGAGGAUGAUCUGUUCGGUGUCGUACGAGAAAAGAGUUUACUGACUAGAAGUGAAAAACGUGCUCAACGCCGAAGGUAUCAGCCGAUUGACGAACCGAUGGAAGAAACUAAACGAAUGUGUAGUGGGGCGGAAGAAUUUCAGAAACUCCAACAAGAAGACGUGACUCUUGAAAGUAUACGGAAGGCCGCAGAUAACCCCGCUUUAACGGGUGGGGGGUUCUUCAAGAAGAACGGUCUGGUAUACAGACGUUGGCUUCCUAAAGGAAGACAUGAGGUGGAACAACUUGUGUUGCCGUUGAAGUACCGACCCGAGGUACUGAAGCUAGCCCACAAGACCCCAUUUGCUGGCCACCUUGGACAAGACAAGACCGUGAAUCGGAUUAGUCAGAGAUUCUAUUGGCCCAUGAUGUUUGUCGAUGUGCGGAGAGUGGUGAAGACGUGCCACGAGUGCCAGAAGACUGCUCCAAAAGGGCGAUUUAAGGCGCCUAUGAUUCCCCUACCCAUAUUUUCAGAGCCGUUCCGAAGGAUCGCAAUGGACAUUGUGAGACGAAUCCAAGCAUUUAAGGUGUACUUGUUGGGCCGACAUUUUAUGGUACAGACAGACCAACACCUGCUGAAGGAAAGCAACUCUCGAUUGAGCCGAUGGCGUACGACUUUGAAAUCAAGUAUUGAUCUGGAAAGUCGAAUGGGAAUGCGGACGGUCUCUCGCGGGCGUUUGCACCGUAAAACUAAUUCCCCUAGUUUCACGUAG